AUGUCUCCUAACGCUCUCAUCACUGGUGCUGCUCGAGGAAUUGGACGUGCCAUUGCUCUUCGCUUUGCUAGAGAUGGUCUCAAUGUUGCUGUCAAUGAUAUUGAAGCAAGCUCUUCAGAUCUCAGCAAGGUUCAACAAGAAAUCGAAAAAAUGGGUCGAAAAUCUGUCGCUCUUAUUGCUGAUGUUUCCAUCGAUAAAGCGGUCGAAACAAUGAUGCAAAAAGCUGCAAAAGAACUAGGGAUCGCUAAUGCAGGAAUUGUCCAAGUGAAACCAAUUCUUGAUAUUACUACAGAAGAUUGGGACAAGAUGUUUGCAACUAAUAUGCGAGGUGUGUUUCUUUGCUAUAAAGAGGCUGCUAAAAUCAUGAUUGCGCAAGGCACGGGAGGCAAAAUCAUUGGUGCCUGCAGUGUCGCCGGAUACACAUCAGCUCCAAUGAUAGGACAUUAUUCUGCGACUAAAUGGGAUGUACGUGGCCUUACACAAGCUGCUGCCAUGGAAUGGGCUAAACACAAGAUUACAGUCAAUGCUUACUAUCCAGGUAUGUUUCAUUCCUUUUAUUAA